UUCCAUUCCUGAUGAGCCAAUCAGGUAAGACCAUUGACCAGGAAUCCCUCUUCAGUAGGCUCUGUCGCUAGCAGGCUUUCGCUAGCUUAGUCACAGUUAAGGUCAACACGACGGUCACACUUCAGUCGGCACAUUUGUGCCAGGUGAGAACGACGGGCUCGCCAUAGCCCGUGCUGCUUGGAACUUGUUGUUCCGUAAUUGAAUCUAUAACAACAAGAACAAGAAGAAGGUCAUACCUGCUGUUCGUCUCUAUGGUACAGGUGUACAGUAUUGGCGCCAUUCUUGAGGCUACUUGGGACAAAGCCUUAAGAACAUAAGAACAAGCUGAGGUCUUAGAGAGAAGAUGAUAGCCGAUAAUUAUUCCGGCAUGAGGCUACUGAGGACGCCGCUGAGGACAGGGAUGAGGUGGGGCCACUGGGUGUUGGUGGCUGUGUGUUGCUGGGUGUUGCUGCCUCCUCUACACGCCAGUAACUCCCUCUUCUACCAGUUCUAUGUAGACACAUCCGGCCCAGAGUUCACCAAGUGUACGCCAAUAGAAGCCAACUUGACCGCAAGCAGUCCCAGUAAGGCUCUGAUCUACUGCGUCGCCAGAUGCUCUCAAGCAGGCGCCUGCAAAUUUGCAUUCCUUAAUGGAGAAACCUGCGUGAUGCACAGUGUAGUGCUAGCCUCUGGGAUGAACACGACCAACACUGGCGCAGUAGAGGCCUACAGGCCAUCCUCUGAGAGUACACCUUACGUCGAUAUAUCGUCCACUGCCACAGUCACCGCAACUACAGACUUCUCCGGCUUUCCGACAUUUUCUGCUUCAUUGUUGCAGGGAGACUCAUGGUGCUGGAUCGCGGUGAGUGACUGCCCCUGCACCAUCGACAGCAAGAAUCAGAACGUGAAAAUCAACCUGAACUCUGCUCGCUACAUUAGAAAAAUGCGUGUCUACCCGACCGUCCCUGCCUACACUAGCCUUUCUACACAUCUGCAGAUCUAUGUUGGCAACACUGGCAGCAUCACCACCGACCCGCUUCUCGUAGAUGAUCAGAACUCUUAUGGCAGGCAGGAGUACUAUCGCUCUUACAAAGUGAAUCUGACGGCCCAGUACAUAACAUUCUACAAGAACACGGGAGCCAACAUAUGCCUCUGUAAAGUGUUCAUCUAUGAUUAGUAGUGACUGGAGGCAUCAACGAGGCUUGGCGUCUGGGGGCGGCUAGGGAAGGAGAGAGACAUCAAUUAUUAAAUACAGUGAGACCUGUAUUUUGUUAUCCUUGUCUUGUGUGGCUAUCCUGGUAUUGCGUGUUAUUCUCGUAUUGUGGGUUAUCCUGUUUUUGUUGCUAGUUUACUGUGCACCCCAUGUAUUGUGUAUUGUGUAUUAUCCUGGUAUUGUGGGUUAUUGUGGUAUUGUGGGUUAUCCUGGUAUUGUGCCUUAUCAAUGGGUUGUUUGGUUAUCCUGGUAUUAUGUCUUGUCAAUGUAUUGUUUGAUUAUCCUGGUAUUAUGCCUUACCAAUGUAUAGUUUGGUUAUCCUAGAAUUGUGUCUUAUCAGUGUAUUGGUUAGUUAUCCUGGUAUUAUGCCUUAUAAAUGUAUUGUUUGGUUAUCCUGGUAUUGUUUUAUAUAAUUUUGCAAGUACA